AUGUCGCAUGUGCAAAAUCGCGAUCACAGCGAGCAGCCCACUGAGCAAGUCGCUCAUUCUUCUUCUUCCAAUUCAGCUGCUGGUUCAGAAGCUGUUCCCGCUCGCUCUGCUGGCGAUCAAAUGGAUCGUAAUUUCCCAGAGAAAGUCACUCUGUUCACUGCCGAUAAAAGUCUUUCCGAGCAAGUCGCUCCGCCCACUCCUGAGGAUGCGGUCCAAUCGAGAACCAAUCACCCAGUUCAGAACAGCGAGAUACAAAAUGCUGUCGAGGUUGAGGAAGUCGUCCUCCCUUCAAUUGAGUCACCCACGGAGAACCUUCCGAACGACAAUGACUACGCUACGGACCCUGCGGGUUUAAGCGAGUCUGAAUUGCGCAGGAGGGCAGUCGCUUGGAUGGAGCGGACAUACCAUCACCUGCCAAACGGUUCAGUUGUGCAACCCCCGAGUUACUUCCAGCGCACUCGAUCCAGUCCCGCUGGUAGACCGGCAAUCUGGAUCAAAGAUUUCGUUUGGGGUCAUAUCAGACCGCGACGGCUGACUAAUGAUCGCCUCGCUGAUAUGCCCCUGGAGAGAAGGGAGAGCUGGGCUCGAAUGCAAAGAAGGGAGUGGGAGGAGAUUGAGGAAGAGAAGGGAGAGACUCAAGAAGAGGGUGGUUGA